AUGGCGACCAUGCCCUUCGCCGACAGUGGCACUCAGGCGAAGCCGACGGUGGCUUCCGUGUCCUGCACCGACAGGGGCGUCCAGAACAUGCCCUUCGCCGACAGCGGCGUUCCGGAACAUGCCGACCGUGGCAAGCAUGACCGGCUCGUCGAUAAUUCCUUAUACGCCGACAUUGGCACGUACGGCAUCAGCGACUUCUCUACAUCGUCUGAGAUCAAGGUGAGCGGCAACUCGUACCUGCGGGUCAAGGGUUUUGCUCCAAAUGGCUGCAACAUCGAAGACGUGCACAAUACCAUCGACGAAACUGCGACCAUACCCUUGUAUGCUGGGAUUGCUGUGGAAGUCGAAGUGCAGCUCGAUAUCCUGUGGAGACUCUCGCGCCAACCUCACGGCACCAGCGUGGAAUUCGGCGCCAGCACAGAGAUUGAAGGCGUCACUGCGGGAUAUCUCAACUCCGUGCGUCGCUGUCUUUAUUGGGCGGCAUCGAAAAUCGGCGUCAAGACCAGCUACGCCAUCUCCGCUGAGCUGAGAGCGUUCAUCCAAUUCCCAGAACCCGUUUCAGCGUUGCUGACGGAAUAUCUUGACCCAGAAUCGUAUUUCCAGUAUGGCGAUUGCAGUUUGCCCCACUUCAUGGAAUUCGCCGGGUACGCCGGGUUCAAGGACGUCACCAUCUCGAUUCCCAUGUCUCUGAAUAUUCCCUUCGUAAUCACCAAAACCUACGAGCCCUCGGCGAAUGCAGGCAGUUUGAUCAAGAGUAUUUUCAGCGGGUGCAUCGCAACGGCGUAG